UGAUCAUGGCGUUGGUGCGGGAACCCACGGCGUACGGCGGCUUCGACGGCGCCGAGGCGGCGGCGGCCUUCGACGAGCUCGGGUACGGCCACGACACGCUGCUGGGCUUUGACGCGGCGGUGCUGUUCGGGGGAGAGGGGUACGCCAGCGCCGAGCCGGCAGGUGCCAGUGCCUACGCGACCGACGGCGGGAACGUCUGGGCCGGCGCGGGGGCAUCGUCCGUGCUCGCGUUCGACCAGGCCGCCGCCGCGGCGGUUUCAGGGGAGGAGGAGGAGUGCGACGCGUGGAUCGACGCCAUGGACCACAGCUACGGCGCCCCCGCGUGCCACGCGCCGGUGGCGUCCGUGGGCUUCGACGCGGCCACGGGCUGCUUCACCCUUACGGAGAGAGCAGCAGCAUCAGGCGGCGCGGGCCGGCCGUUCGGGCUGCUGUUCCCAAGCACGUCGUCGGGUGGUCCGUCCGACCGCGCGGCGCCGGCGCGCGCUUCACAGAAGCGGCCCUACGGUGUGGAGCCGCAGGACGUGAGCCCCAAGAAGCCGUGCGGCGCGGGCAGGAAGACGAGCAAGGCCAUGUCGGCGCCCACCGUCCCGACCAAGGACCCGCAGAGCCUCGCCGCCAAGAAUCGGCGGGAGCGGAUCAGCGAGCGGCUGCGGACCCUGCAGGAGCUCGUGCCCAACGGCACCAAGGUCGACAUGGUCACCAUGCUAGAGAAGGCCAUCAGCUACGUCAAGUUCCUCCAGCUGCAAGUCAAGGUUCUUGCAACAGACGAGUUCUGGCCGGCGCAGGGUGCAAAGGCGCCGGAGAUCUCUCAAGUGAGGGAGGCGCUUGACGCCAUCUUGUCGUCAUCGUCGCAGAGGGGACACUGA